UUGUGAUGACUGUUGCGAGAGUACUUGUCCAAACUGAAUGGAGGAGGCAAUCGUACCAUCUGGUGGAGAUGGCGGUAGUGGUGUCGUUGCUUCUUAGCAUCACGAUGGGUGACGUGGCAGCCGCUGGGCGAAUGCCGUUUCCGCGUCAGCUGCUCGCCCCCACCCCACCGUCGGUCACCAUAGCCAGCGUGCGUGUUCUUGGCGCGCAAUGCCCAAGCAGUGCCCCGUCGGUAUCCAUCUCAGGUAAUGACAGGAUCGAGAUCCAGUUUGGGAGUAAUUACGGCGUCACCGUCCCGACAAGCGCAACCGAGCGGCAGAAGUCCUGCAACGUCAUCGUCGACCUUACUUACCCAACUGAUUGGUCUUAUGUGGCGACCGGAUGGUCGUUCCACGGCUGGGUGGAGCUGGCCCCACGACUGGUCGCCCAACAGUCUGCCAAGUACUACCACCAGGGCGGGGUCCCGGCUUGCGAGCGAACGUCCCGAUUCGCUGGAGGAUGGAGAGGACUCUCUGGCCGGCCCUACACCCUCUCUCACACCUGUCCUGUCGGAGCCCCAUCCUCUCCGUGUGGGGCCGUUAGGGCACUUAACGUUAUCACGACGCUGGCGAUUGAUAACGCGAGGAACACGAAUGGGCAGGGAUCAAUCAAGUCGACGGGGGGAAACGGAGACAGCAGUUUCUUCAUAUGUCAGCUGAGCUGGACAAAAUGCUGAAGGGGGAAUAGGAGAAAAAGGGAAAACGGGAAAGAAAACGAGCGGGGUACAUGAACUGGAAAGACUGGUGGUGAUGAACUGGAGGCGGCCAUGAUCGUACUCUUGAAGAGAAAGGUGUGAAAGCCGGAAUCUAUUUAUAGAACGAAGGUGAGAUGACGCGGGGGGGGGGAGAGGGGAGCGGGAGAAGUACAUGUAGACGGAGGACUUGUGUAAGGUAGAUAAAAUUGGAGAUUCUGU